AUGAAACGGGGUGCCAAAGGCGUCACCCUCACCCGGCGGAAAGCCAACGCGGCGGCGCUCGACAAGCUGCCCAAGAACGCGAGCCUCGCCGACGUCAAAAAGGCAGAGGCCAAUGUCUCGCUUGCCGAGCUCGAGGAGCGCGUCAACGAUGUGCGCGAGUCGUGGGAGACGGACUCUCUCUUCGAGGAUGCGUUUGAAGAGCUGAGCAACGAGAAUGCCGCUCCCGCAAGCAACUCAGACAGCUGCACCCCCGAAGAGACGGGUCGUCUUCGACGGGAGCUGCGAGAGUACGGCCCGGCCAUCUUCUGCCAGCGGACCGUCGACGCCGGCCGCUACACGGCCAAGAAGCUGCUCAGCGCCUUUGGCCUCCGCCCGCCGCCCUUCCUCGAGGGCGAGCCCGACGAGGCCUACUUCAGCCUCCUGUCCCUGGCCAUCUCGCGCGAGCUGUCCAAGCGCGCCAAGCUGUCGUGCUACAACACCGUCGACGACGCCGUCAACCUCCUGGCCCGGUGCAGCAACAUCAUCGUCAUCACCGGCGCCGGCAUCUCCACGUCGCUCGGCAUCCCCGACUUCCGCUCAAAGGGAACCGGCCUCUACUCCAAGCUCGAGCACCUGGGCCUCAACGACCCGCAGGAGGUGUUCGACAUUGACGUCUUCAAGCAGGAUCCCACCAUCUUCUACUCGGUCGCAAAGGACAUUGUCCCCGCCACGGACCGCUACACGCCCACGCACAAGUUCAUCGCCAUGCUGCACCAGCGCGGCAAGCUGCUCACAAACUACUCGCAGAACAUCGACAACCUCGAGGUCAAGGCCGGCCUACCGCGCGACAAGCUGAUCCAGUGCCACGGCUCCUUCGGCACCGCCAGCUGCGUCCAGUGCGGCUACCAGCUGCAGGGCGACAGCAUCUUCCCCGACAUACGCGCCGGCAACAUCCCGCGCUGCCCGCGCUGCGUCCAGUCGCUGCGCGCAAACGGCGCCGGCGCCGUCAAGCGCAAGCGCUCCGCCGGCGCCGACGGCAGCAAGAAGCGCCGGCGCUGGUCCGACGACAGCUCCGGCGCCGACGACGACUCGUCCGACUUCGACAUCCCCCAGGCCGGCGUCAUGAAGCCCGACAUUACCUUCUUCGGCGAGGCCCUGCCCGACGAGUUCUCCAGGCGCCUGACCGAGCACGACCGCGACAAGGUGGACCUGGUCGUCGUCAUCGGCACCUCGCUCAAGGUGACGCCCGUCUCCGAGAUUGUCAGCUGGCUCCCGCCGCACAUUCCCCAGGUCUACGUCUCGCGCCAGGCCGUCAACCACAUCAACUUCGACAUUGACCUGCUCGGCGACUGCGACGUCGUCGUCGCCGAACUGUGCCGCCGCCUGGAGUGGCCCCUCGAGCACGAAAUGGUCCCCGAGGGCCAGCGCAUUGACGUGCGCGCCGAGGCCGGAUACAAGAGCCGCCACGUCUUCGAGGCCGCCGAGCCCGCCAGCAACGGCGACUCCGCCGCAGCGGUCCCCAAAAAGGGCUCGGCCAAGAGUUGA